GGACACACAACCAGAGGCGGCAACUUUUAAUGUGUCCGUGACAAGCAAGAAUUCAGAUUAAUAGCUUAAAGCUAAUAGCUAUUGCUGUUAAAAGAUAUUAGGAACGGCUAUGACAGAUGUCAGCGGGUUAUAAAACGAUGCCGAUAUGUUUGGCUGACGCUCUCUUCGAAGGCCAGCUCGUCGACUUUGCUCUGACAAACACAAGACGAAAUGUUUGACGACUUCUUCCAUCAGAUUGAAACAGCACUCGGGCCACUAAACUCAGACUGGUUUGAAGAGCUGACAGUGAGAGCUUCUGAAGAUGGCUGUGAUAACUCCACAGCACAUAAGGACAAGGACAUUUUCAAAGCUCCAGCAAAGACGCCGGUCUUGGACAGUCAGAUGUGUUCAACACCCAGAAUAUUCAGGCGUAGACGGCCACAUUCUCCUCCUUCAGGUCUUGAAGAUACUCCCAAUUCAGGGACACAGAACUUGUUUCCUGUUCCACCGGGUCCAGAAUCAAGCCCAUGUCUGUUUGACUUAGCUAAAGACAGUCAGCGGUUUGAAAAAGACUGGGGACCACUAAAGACCGGUGCAUGCUUGGAUCUACUUGACACACCAACAGGUUUAACAACACAAGCCUCAUCUGCACAGCGCAUCUGUGAGAGCCUUGGAGCUCAAUUAAACCCUGAACUAUCUUGGAGCAGUUCCUUUAACACACCAACAGCAUUGACCCCCACUGUUAUUUUAUCCAAAACAGAAGGCCAGUCUUCACCAGUAAGUUUUCUCAGAGACAAAGAAGUCAUUAUUGUACGAAAGCUGUUUCCAUCACUCUCAAAAGGCUCUGAGUCAACAUCCAGUGUGCAGCACAAUGACACGCUAAGCGAUGGGAAUGUCCAGGCAGAAGAACAAAAAUCAGAUUCAUCCACUGACAAUAUAGAAGGUGUCUGGAGGCAGACGGUACCGGAUGCGAUAAAGGACAGUGAUUUGCGGAACGCAGUGGAGAGUGUUCUUGAUGGAGCAGAGGACGUGCUGUCCUUCUUCUUCAUGAACAGCGGCUCGUCCCUGCGAAGGGUUAAAACCAUGGAAAGAAAAAAGAGAGUGAACGGUGUUACUAAGGAAGUAAAGUCAAAUCCUGUGACAGUAGAGCACACUACAGAUUGUACAUCUGAGACAAAAACCGUUACCAGCACUGCUGUUGCAAGUUUAAAGUCUCCUUUAUUUUCAAGUCAACUUAAUAAUAAGGAUUUUACACAGUGGACUCCGCUGAGUUUAUCUGAUGUUCAAGACUCCAAGACAAACCAAGUGUGCAUCUCAAGUAAACUCACUAGUCCUCAUGUAGACUCCUCAGUCAAAAGUGAUGAUCGUACAAACCAUAUCACACAGUCUCCUGCAUGCAUGUCCAAACAACAGAUGUUCUCUCCUGAAUUGUGUCAUGAGAAGUCUCAGGGGCGAAUUUCUUUAUUGGAGGCAUCUCCUGCACUUACCUUCUCAAGAAAACCCAGAAAGUUUGUGUAUCGAGUGCAAAAUUCUGAAAGUAAAAGAAUGCACAACUUCACUAAUGCUGCGGUUGAAAAACACUACCAUGAAUCUUCUCCAGAGGAUGCACACACAGACACUGGAGAUCGGUUGGUCCAGCCAGUAGAAGCUACUGUAAAGCAGGAUCAUCCUGCACAUCUUAACCUAGACCAUGACCUUGAUAUGUCUCAGCUUUGCAAAGCGUUUGCAGAGGAUUUCACUCAGGAAGUGAACUUGUUAAAAGCACCACAAAAAUGUGCACAGAGCAGCCAUGAGUGUGUUUUAAUCCCAAAUUGCACUGUGAUGGAAAUAAGUGAAAUGCAAACUAAAACAGAAGCUGUGAUACAGUGUGAAGGUCAAGUAGAUCAUCAGACAGCAGAAGUCAUUAAUUUCACAAAUAUACAAUCUUUUGAGAGCACAGUCUGUGACAGUGGCUGUCCUACGGUUCGUUCUGGUUUUAGCCUGGAAACAUUCUCGAGCAAAGACACGGAACAUCUUCAUUCUGGUUUUAAAACAGCAAAUAAUGCAAUUAUUGUAGUCCCCCCUGAAGCUUUAAUGAAAGCCAAAGCAGCAUUAGACGAAUCCAUACAGCAUGUGACUCACACAGGCACUUCACGUGUAACUGAACCAAUGAAACUUGGUACGAACCACUGCAAACCUGUUAUAGCAAACGCUGCUGGAGAGAAAUUGCCUUCAGAAAGCUAUCAGCAUGAACAUGAAGCUGGAAGACAAGCUUCUGAUGAAAGUGUUUUAAGGUCUGAGGCAGCUGCAGAGAAUAUUCCUAGCACAUUCAUGUGCCAAACAAAUGAAUCUGGCUUCAAAACUGCGUCUAACAAAAGUAUAACUGUCUCAUCUGUGAAUAUCGAGAAAUGUAAAGACAUUUUCAUGGAGUUAGAUGAAGAAAAGUUUGAUUCAUUUCUGUCAGAUAACAAUAUGCAGGUCUGCAAUACAAAAGGUGCCAAGCCAUAUAAAUUUGACUUGAAAAACAUUCGGAAACCUUCACAACAUUCCACAGGUAAUGAUGAUGGAAGUUCGUCUUUGACGGCUUCGCAAAGGGCGGAUGUGACCGAGCUGUGUAGUAUGUUGGAGGAGGCAGGCAGCCAGUAUGAGUUUACCCAGUUUAAACCCACAAAGAUGGACUCAAAAUGUCCAGAUAGCCUGCAGUUUGAGCGAGAGUGGGAUCCUGAGAUACUUGCUGGUAUUGACUUUGAUGAUAGUUUUAACUGUGAUUUAAGUGAGAGGCAGGUGUCAAAAAAAAAUCAGUCCAAGGCAGAUGUGCAUGCUUCAGUCCCGAACAGCCUGAUGAAAGGAGACGUGGCUAUUCAAAGUAAAAAUAUCAGGAAGUCAUGUCCUAUUCCAUGGGAAAUGCCAAAUAAGGCAGAUGACAGUCUGCAAGAAAAGUCUUUUUGUUCUGGCUUUAAAACGGCAAAAGGAAAUGCCGGGACCAUCUCUGUGAAAUGUCUGAGCAAGGCAAGAAGCCUUUUUGCAGAUAUAGAAGACACAGAGGGAAACUCUGGUCUCGAGAGUGAUGGCAAAGCAGACACUGUUAAACAAAAGGAAAAUCAGUCAGGUGACAACCAGGACACGUUUUCCAGGAUUGCCGUGGAAUCCGAGUUUGAACUAAACCCAAGGUUGAAUCUGUGUAAUGGAAAUGCAAGCUCAAUAAACAAAGAGGCUGAAAUGUGCAAACAAACGUGUAACAAAACAAAUCUGGAAACACUACGAGGAACUAUAGAUCAGAAUCCAGAUUUGCUUCGGAACAACACAGUCAAUUUUGGAUUUAGUACUGCUGGAGGGAAGGAAAUAAUUAUCUCAGAAAACGCUCUUCAAAAUGCAAAGAAACUUCUAAAUGAACUUGUAAAUGAUAAAGAAUCCAAGUGUGUCAGUUCUCCUGCAGAAACAAAAGCCACUUCUUGGACUUCAGUACACAAUUCUUCUGUGUUGGCAGAUGUAGUUGCCGAAUCAAAGAUGUCUGAUGGAUCUGUACCAAAAGGUGGGAAAGAACACAAUUCUGAAAACAGCCCUGACAUAAAACAGGCUGUGUAUCCAGCUCCUCGAUCCGUGGAGAGUAAUGGGUUUAAAAUGGCCAACGGCAAAGAAGUGUCUGUCUCAGCAAGCGCAAUUCAGAAAUCAAAAACCAUUUUCAAAGAUAUUAAUGACGACACGAGAAGCUCGGAUGAAACGAAAUCCAAGGAAACGAAUGCAAAACUGGAUCUUGAAGGAGAUACAGGCCAGCACACGUUUGUCAACGGAUUCAAGAUGGCAAGUGGUAAAGGAGUGAGCUUUUCUGAAAAAGCGUUUAUGAAAGCCAAGACGUUUUUUAAAAAUUGUGAUCCUGAUUGUGUGGAUAUUUCUCAAGUAAAAAGAGACGACACAAGUGUGAUGGAUGACUGCGGCUUUGAGGCAGUUGCGGGAAACAUGGUGAAUUUGCCUGGAAUGGACAAUCUGAACAAAGAGACUUUAAAGAAAGACUCCACAGAUUUGAAUAAAUAUGUCCAAAGGAAAUUCACUAAAACCCCCUCUGAGACUCUUCACCCACCAUCUGGCUGUGGUUUCAGUACAGCAAGUGGUGCUGCGGUGUCUGUUUCAGCCGAAGCACUUCAGAGAGCUAGAGCUAUGUUGGAUGAUUCAAAUGCUGCUUCACCUGGUGAAAGGAGAUUGGAAAUAUCAGAAGAGAGGAAUCUUUCCAAAAAUGAGGCCGUUAUUUCAGGAAAAACCUGCGGCUUUAGCACAGCAAGUGGAAGGAAAGUUGCCAUUUCUGAGAAAGCCCUCCAGAAAGCAAAGAGUCUUUUUACUGACUGUGAUGUGGAUGGAUUAGGACCUGAUCCCUGUAAUAUGUCAGUUGCAAAGACGUCAGCAACAGGUACUGAGCAUAUACGCAUACUGCCUUCCGAUGCUGCCAGUAACAAAAAUAUUGUUGUGUCGGAAAAGGAGCUGAACAAGUGUAAGGACGUGUCUGUCAGUAGUGAAGACGUUUCAGUCGAACAUGCAAGCCAUAGUGGUGAAGCUUUAUACACUAAGAAUGAAAGCAUGCCAGUUAAUGCUGGAAAAUCUGAAGAAAGACAUGAGAACAUUAUUAAUGGAGGCCCAAAGGCUGAACAUGUGGGAUCAGGAAAUUUUGGUUUUAGCACAGCAAGCGGAAAAGGUGUUUGCGUGUCAAAAUCCGCACUCGCGGUAGCUUUUGAGAUGUUCAAAGACUGUGAAACGCAACCAGUUACUAAUGGUGAAGUUACCAGUGAAGCUCUGUCUACACAUAUUAACAAGAAACCAAUUGUGCCAAACACCAAAGCCACUAGUCCAUCUCGCCUAUCAUCACAGGCCAUUCAGGAUAAUCCUUCACUCCUGAGCUGCCAUUCUUUAAACCUUGACGGAUGCACUGUAACCCAGCAAAAAUAUUUUGAGCAAGAAGCAAUGGCUUGCACUAAAGCACUUUUAGAGGAUGAUCUCAAUGAGAACGCUUUGUUGAAUAGCUUGGACACUGACAUUAGGCAAAGUCCUACUCAGCAUCAGGAGAGAUGCUCAGGGGUGAACACAGGAAUACGAAAGCGGCCUUCGGAUGACGAGCAUUUGACAGGUCAACCUCCUUUGAAAAGAAGACUUGUUUCAGAGUUUGACCAGAUCUCAAAAGACGGAACAGCCUGCGCUCCGGUGAAAAGCUGCCCCAACGGGACUCUGAGAGACAGAAGUGUCUUCAAAUACAACUUGAAACCCAAUAUCACUUAUCCAUCCAGGAAUGUUGUUGGCCAAGCAUCGGCUAACCAAGAUCACCUAAAAAAGAGGCCAUCAGACCCCAAAGCGCCAGUGUUUAUACCCCCUUUUCGAAAAAAUCUGAAGGAGGGAAUGCCAAAAAACUGUGCUCCCACAGCUGUGGCCCAAGUUCCCAGUGUGUUUGUUCCACCCAUUAAAAAGAAAGAUACAUCAGGUAAUGUUCAUGUCAAGGCUUUACCACAGAUUUCCGGCGAUUCCCCAGCCAUCACAAGCUCUAGCUGUGAAAGCAGCAACUACCACUCAGCUAAAAAAACAGAGGACCAGAAAGCAGGAGAAACCAAGAGAAAGGAGAAGCUGGAAAAUGACACCGGUGUCCCUGAUGAAACAAACAUCAUUUGGCAGCAGUCCUUGGAGUUAGCACAAGAUAUGCAGACCAUGAGGAUCAGUAAAAAGAAGCGUCAGAGAGUUCGACCUUUACCUGGCACUUUUUACCUGGCUAAGACAUCCAGGGUGAGCAGAAUUUCUCUGAAAGUGGCUGUAGGAUACAAGUGUCCUGAGCUACACACAGAAGAGCAGCUCUAUCAGCAUGGUGUAUCCUUCAAAGUGUCCCAGAUAACCAGCGAGAAUGCAGAGUCGUUCCGGUUCAACUGUGAUGAGUUUUUCAAACGUGAGAUUCUCCGAGUGAAUGGAGGGAUUCAGCUGGCUGAUGGUGGUUGGCUGAUCCCAGAUAACAAGGGAAUGCUGGGUAAAGAGGAGUUCUACAGAGCCUUAUGUGAUACUCCUGGAGUUGACCCCAAACUGAUAAGUGAAGCAUGGGUGUAUAACCACUAUCGGUGGGUUGUGUGGAAACGAGCCGCCAUGGAAAGAGCCUUCCCAGAAGUGAUGGGUGGUCGGUGUCUCACUCCAGAGCAGGUGCUCCUACAGCUCAAACUUAGGUAUGACGUUGAGGUGGACCACAGUCAGAGAUCAGCCCUGAAGAAGAUCAUAGAGAGAGACGACACACCAGCCAAGACCAUAGUGCUUUGUGUGUGUGGAAUUGCCAAAGGUGACCAAUGUCCAGUCAGGUCAGAAGAGGCCAUGGACACCAAAAAUACAAAGCCUGAGUCACCCACUGCAGUCAUAUGGGUUACUGACGGCUGGUAUCCCAUUAAAGCACUGCUGGACUUACCUCUGUCUGCCAUGCUGCGAAAAGGCCGUAUCAGAGUGGGUGUGAAACUUCUUAUCCAUGGCGCAGAGUUGAUUGGCUCUCAGGAUGCCUGUCCUCCUUUAGAGGCUCCCGAGUCUCUCAUGCUCAAGAUUUCGGCAAACAGUACAAGACGAGCCCGCUGGGACACCAAGCUUGGCUUCUAUGAAGACCCUCGACCCUUUCCACUGUUACUUUCAUCACUUUAUGCUGAUGGAGGAGUGGUGAGCUGUGUGGACAUCAUCGUGUUAAGGAGUUACCCAACACAGUGGAUGGAGAAGAAGCCAGGUUCUGUCUUUGUGUUUCGCAACGAGCGAGCUGAAGACAGAGAGGCAGCACGAUACAACAGUACCAAACAAAAGACCAUGGAGCUCCUGUUCUCCAAAAUACAAGCCCAGAUUGAGAAAGAGGACGAAGAAAAGACGAAAACCAGGAGAAGCAGAACAUUUAGUCUGCAUGAGAUUAAGAAUCUGCAGGAAGGAGAGGUGAUUCAUGAAGCAAUGGAGAGUGAUCCAGCUUUUGUGGAGACCUAUCUAAGCACCCAGCAGGUGAAAGCUGUGAGUAACUACAGGCGAGCAUUAACCGAAAGGAAGAGAGCGGAGUUACAGGACCGGGUGCACAAGGCUGUACAGGAGGCUGAGGGGGGGUGCGCUAACCGUGAUGUUACUCCUGUCUGGAAACUUUCCAUAGCUGAUGCUAAUGAUUUGCACAGCAGCUGUGUAUACACACUAAAUAUCUGGCGGCCUUCUGUGGAGCUGCGCUCCUUACUGAGAGAGGGUUGCAGAUACAAGGCUUAUCAUCUGGCCACAUCAGAGACCAAGAAAUGCUCUGGCACUUUCAACAUCCAGUUCACAGCCACCAAAAAAACACAGUUUCAAGACAUUGAGGUUUGCCCAGAAUGGUUAAGUCUGCAUUUUCCUGCAAGACAAUCAGUAAAAUUCCGAGAUCUUCAGAGCCCUGGAUUCAGCUCUCCAUGUGGAGAGGUUGACCUCGUGGGAUAUGUCAUUUCCAUCUUGGACAGACAAGGUACGUCUCCUGUAUUGUAUUUAGUGGAUGAAAAGUUUGACUUUGUCUCUGUGAGGAUCUAUAGCAGCCUGGCUCUCCUUGCUCUGAAGGACCUGGUAAAGCCAUUAGCUCUAUUGGCUGUAAGCAACCUGCAACUCCGACAGCAGUCUGGCCCAGUCCCCAGCCUUUAUGCUGGAGAACAAGCACUAUUCUCUACAAACCCUAAAGAAGCCUACUUACAGGAAGAUAUUUCUCGUCUCAAGACAUUUGUUGAGGAUUAUGAGCAUUUCUUCAUAGUUGCUGAAGAGAGGCUCUCGAACCUGAUUCCAACAGAUUUCUUGAACUCUUGUGAGUCCCCAGGAACUCCAGGUUUACCAUCGAUGCCAAAAUCAAACCUCAGGAAUAAUGCAACUCCCCAUCAGACAAGCAGAGUUUUCUCCCCUUUCACUCCUGUGAGCAAAAGAACCCCUAUACCCACUGGAAACUCGGACACCAAGGACCCCAGGAGUGUGAAAAGGAAGCGUGGUAUAGAGUACCUGUCACGCCUCCAAAACCCAGCACCCCUCGUUCCUCUGGGAAUGGUCCGCUCUCCCAGAGUCAGCAAGACAUUCAACCCUCCCAGGAGGUGCGAGACUCCUCGUAAUCCCCAGACAGUUCCAACUCCACCACCAGAGAACUAAGAGAGGGUGGAUGAUGCAGAACUGGCCAUGAUAAACACCUGAAGAGGUAGUAGAUGCAGUGUAGGGUAUCCUGAGGUAAGAUUCCUGGUUCAGCUUGUGGAACAAAGAUCCAAAAAGGUAAAGGAAUAAAAGGAGGAAGAUGCUGUUCCUGUGUUGUGACUGUUUUAUUGUUAAUAGUCCAAAUAUGGUCCAUAUAUAUUUCUACUGUUUACUGCUACUGAAAUGACUUGAAAAUUGCACAAGAGAUGCUUUCUGUAAUCUUACUAUUCUAUGUCGUUUUGGCAGUUUCCAAAAAAAAAAAGGUUAAUAAAUGUUUAUUUAUUUUUUUAAA